AUGAGCACAGCAGAACUGGUCCUCGACCCUCCAGCGCCGUAUGUGCAUUUGGGCGACCACGUGUGGCUCGGUGCUUCUCCGCAGGACACCGACACGCUGCAUAAGAAUGGCAGCGAUGGACAGGGCAAAUAUGUGCUCGCCAGCAGCGACAGCACAAGGCUCGGCGGAUUGACCCUGAAUUGGUGUGAGCAGACCAAUCCUCCAACCUUGAGCAACAUCUCAACCGCCAUGUUUGAGUUUCGGCCUCGCACUGUCGUUGAAAUGGAUGCGGACGAAGACGAGCACAACAACAACCAACACCAACCCCAACAGCACAGCCACCACCAGCCACACCAACAAAAGCAACCAGCAGCUGAACACAAAAAGCGAAAAGAGGUGCAAGCCGAAUACGAUCACAGCGAUGAAGAUGUUCGCUUCUGCAAAGGAUACGCCGUGACCUGCGGGCAAGCGGUGACACUGUACCACCCGCAUUCUCGGAGAUAUGUCGCCGUCAAGCGCAACACACCAGCACGCACGGAACCAAGCAACUUGCGGGUUGUUCUCGUGGGCGACCCAAGCAAGGCGUCCAAUUUCAAAAUCCAACCGUCCUCCAAGCUUCGCGUGGAGGGUGACCCUGUCCUCACCGAUGACAAGAUUUCUCUGGAGUGCGCAGACAUCCCGGACCACUUCUUGAACAAAUCCGUCAAGCCAAACGAGGGCAAAGACUCCUGUGUGUUUGAGGUGAAUUGCGCUGUGACACGGACAGAGUUUACAAUCCGCGAAGCUGCUGCCGUGAAACAUCGCCGGUAUCCCUUGCAAUACCACCCCUACCAGGACGACGGACGCAGGAUCCGUGGGUGCGACAUGGUGCAGCUGUAUCACAGAGGAUUGAGUGCGUACAUGGCAGCCGAAGGGAGCUUUGCACUCGACGAGCCGGUUGUGAACGACAGGGAAGGCGAGGAGGACGUACACCUUCGACUGCGCCCACAGAACAAACGCCAGCCGCGCACGCUUCGCCCACCCACCACAGCAGUAACGUUCUGGCAGGUGGAACUCGUCAACAAUUCAUGUUGGGGCCGGCCAGUGCAGUGGGAACACGACCCUGACUUGGAUCGUUUUAAGACACAGCCUCUUCGUCUGAAGCAUGCAACAACGCAGCUGUUCUUGUCCUUCGACGACAACCUCAAACCAAGACUACAGCGCAAUCCAGAUGACAGCACGUCUUUCCAGCUUGCACAGCUUGAUGAUGACACGAGCGUUUCUUCCUGCGCCACAGUCGGCAUCCAACAUGUGAAAUCAGAACAAUGGCUGUAUGCUGAGUUCAACUCGGACAAGGAUCGGUUCAAGCGCAAAGAGGCCGAAGAAAGCAUCGCACGAUGGGACGGUGCCACGCUGGUCAAACUGAAACUCCGAGAGCGGGGUGGCACGCGAGAGUUUUGUGACGUGUUUCAAGUGACACUUGUGAAGCCGUCACAAGUGUUCAGCGUCGGGUUUGUGGCCGGCGCGCUACCUGCAAUUGCCACGUACAUCAAGGGCUUGGCCGGCGAACAAGUCGGCUCAGCGGCACUGGCGCCCAAAGCAUUCACCUCAGGUUUGUGA